AUGCGCCUCCACCACUCUCAUCUCUACACGCUCCUCCUCCAGAUCUCAUGCGCCGCCUUACCGCUCCAGUCCCAUAACCUCUCCGACCACCCCUCCCUCCCCUCAAAUGGGUUGCACGCGUUUGCUAGAAAGAUCCCAACUUUGAAAUCCCUCACCUGCUCCCACAUGGUUUGUCUCCGAAACGCCGAUCUUCUUCUAAUUGUUGAUUGUUUCCCUUUCCUCGAACAUCUCGACCUUAGUUUCCUCGAAAAUAACGACAACUCAACCGACCCAGUUUCUGAUUUCCGCAUAAAGGCUUUCUCUUUGGUCCACCCCAAGCUCUGUAGCAUUAACCUCUUCGGUAAUUACUUCAUCAGCGACACUUCCAUUCUCAGUCUCUGCAAGAACUACGAGCUUCUUGAGGAAAUUGUAAUCUUCGACGUCGCUUCUGCGAUUCGUGAAAGACCGUGUUUGCAUUCUUUCUGCGUUAGCAAUUUCGGGUAUGGAACAAAGAAGGGUGACAUUCUCAGACCCUUUGUGACUUUUGAUUUCAUCAGUCUGUUGGUGGGUUUGAAGGGCUCGACUUGUCUCGAUUUUUCGUAUUCUUCUAUCUCUAAUGAGUUGCUAUGUUGUGUUGCGGAGGAAGGGAUUCCUUUGAAGAAGCUUGUUUUACAAUGUAACUACACUUACGUUGGAGUGUUGUGCUUGUUGUCCUCAUGUCAGUCAAUUACUCAUCAGAAACAUGUUACUCUGUGUGUUCUCUGA